GUGUAGAUAUGUUUCUUACAUAAACUAAUAGAAAAACCUAUAUAUGGUUAUUGACUUCUGUUAGACAUUUUUUGUUUUUCUACUAUGAUUAUCGUAUUGUAAAAUUUAUGUCCUUUUAAUUACUUUACUUAACAUUUUCUGAUUUUAGUUACAGAACAUUGUUGUAGACACAGAAGUCACUGGUAAAAUUUUAUUAGAACGUGGUCAAAUUCGUCGACGUGUCACUAUGCUCCCGUUAACUCAAAUACGUGGAAAUCCCAUAUCAGAUGGUGUUAUUAAAAAUGCCCAGUCAUUAGUUGGUGCAUCAAAUGUUGUCACUGCUCUUUCAUUAAUUGAAUAUGAUAAUAUGCUUAAACCAGUUAUGGAAUAUGUAUUCGGUAGUGUAUUAAUAUGUCCAGAUAUGGAAAUAGCUAGGCGUAUUGCAUUUCACCCUGGUAUUGAAAAGAAAACAAUAACAUUAGAAGGUGAUGUAUUUGAUCCUCAGGGCACACUGUCCGGUGGAAGUCGGGGAACUGCUUCGGAUAGUUUAUUAUUUCGUAUAUUUAAGUGGCGUGAUCUUGAGGUUGCCGCUCAAAAAGCUGAAGAAAAUGUUACUCAAGGUGAAGCAAAUGUCAGAGCAGCUCAAUUACGAUCCCAAAAUAUUAGUCAUAUUCGAGAAGCGUUAGAUAAUGCUCGCCAUCAAUUAGAACUUUUAGAGACUCAAAUAAGGCAGACAGAUAAACAUCGAUUACGUGCAGACUUGGCAGCUACUAGAAAUGAAUUAAAACAAGUCGAAGAUUCUUUACAAAACGCUGAACAGCGUCUUAAUCAAGCAUCUUUAAAAGCUAAGUUAGCUCAUGACAAAGCAGCAAACGCCGUAGCUGAAUUUAAAAAAGAAGAACAGGAAGCUGAAAAGGCACUUUCAGAAGCUAAGGUUCAACUGGAAUUCACGGUUAGUGCUUUAAGGGAGAAGAAUUCUCUAAAGGAAACUUUACGCCUAGAAGCUGAAGAACUGUCAAAAGAACUAAAUACUUUGAAGCUGUCUCUUGAAGAAGCAAUUCAAGCUGUAGAAGAUGCACAGGCAGAAGAAGAACGUUGUAUUGAUGCAUCACGAUUAGCUAAAGAAGCUUUAAUUAAAGCACGUGAAGCUGUUAAUAAACAACGAGGAUUAAUUGAUGAAACUGUUCGUGCAUUGACAUCUGCAGAGAAAGAAGCUGGUCAAUUAGUUCAAUCGUUAAAUCAAACAAACAGUCAAGUGGAUAAGCUUUCUCAUCAAAUUGAAAUGCAAACUAAGGAAAGUGAAGAAGCCGAUAUCAAGAUAGAACGACUCUUAGAAGCAUAUCCAUGGAUUCAUGAAGAAAAACAAAAUUUUGGUGUUGAAAAUGGCCCAUAUUGUUUUACUUCACGUAAUCCCAUUGAAACACGUCAACGAAUUCAUUCACUGAAGGAACGUCGUGAUCGUCUUGGUCGAACUGUAAAUAUGCGUGCGAUGAAUAUGCUUGGUAAUGCUGAAAAACAAUAUUCUGAAUUGAUUAGACGUCAAGAAAUUGUUUUAGCUGAUAAACGUAAAAUUCAAGCAGUUAUUGACGAUUUAGAUAAACGAAAAGAAGUCUUAAUAUGUGCACAUAAUAAAGUCAAUGAGGAAUUCUGUAACAUUUUCGGAACUCUGUUACCAGGAAGUAAAGCACGUUUAUUUCCCCCGGAAGGUUUGAGUGUUCUUGAUGGAUUAGAAAUUAAAGUUGCAUUUGGUGAUGUUUGGAAAGAAUCACUUGGAGAAUUGAGUGGUGGUCAAAGGUCGUUAGCUGCCCUUUCACUUAUUCUGGCUUUAUUACUCUUCAAACCUGCACCUUUGUAUAUAUUAGAUGAAGUGGAUGCGGCGCUCGAUUUAUCUCAUACACAAAAUAUUGGUCAGUUGAUUAAAAAUCAUUUUAAGCAUUCACAGUUCAUUGUCGUGUCACUCAAGGAUGGAAUGUUCAACAAUGCUAAUGUACUAUUCAAAACAAAAUUCGUAGAUGGCGUUUCAACUGUGUCUCGGCAUGUACCUCUACGAGUUCGCGACGAAAAUAAACGGCCUGAAACAGAGAGACAACGGAAACGUGUUAAAUAA